GUCUGGAAGUUUUGGCUUUCUCAUAUAAGCUCUAAACAAAGCUGCCAACCAUUGCGCUUGGACGAAAACCAAGUGUAAGGUGUCAGCCACGUGCAUGGCGUCCAGUUCCCUGCUUUGACCGUCGUCCAUUCGGCGGCCGCGGGGGAAAGCGUUGGCGCUGUCGUCAGUCGUCUCUUGAAAAAUGCAUCCCAGUGACAACAUCCAAUCAAGAACACCGGCCGAAUCCACAAGAGAUCCGGUGGCAGCGCCGUACAAAAAGCAACUUCCCGCUUACACUCACGAUCGAAACCUUUCAGUCCUCGAUUACCUUCGAUAAUCGUCCCAGACAUAAUGUCCAACAUCAUCUUGCCGUUGAGAGACGAGUUCGUGCUUCCAACUAACGGUGAGGUCGGCGCUACCGAAGCCCAUGGCAGUCCAUGUGUCUACCUUUGUGGAAAUUCUCUUGGGGCGAUGAGUCAGAAGUCGAAGCAACUGGUACAAGAAGAGUUAGAUGUUUGGGGAACCCGGUCGGUCGUUGCCCACUUCUCUCAUCCGCAUGGAAGACCAUGGGUCAGCUACACCGAUAAUAUUACUCCCCUAUUGUCAGAGAUAGUAGGGGCGGAAGAAAAAGAAGUUGCAUGCAUGAGCACGUUAACUGCCAAUCUACAUCUUAUGAUGGACUCCUUUUAUAAACCGACUUCUGAACGUUACAAGAUCCUAUGCGAAGCCAAAGCUUUCCCCUCGGAUCAAUACGCGUUUGCAUCUCAAGUUCGCGCUCGCGGCCUCGAUCCCACCCGGGCCAUAAUCGAGAUUACUCCGCGGGAAGGCGAAUAUACGCUCCGAACGGAAGACAUUCUUGACACGAUCGAGAAGGAGGGAGAUACCAUCGCCCUUGUCUUGUUCAGCGGAAUUCAGUAUUACACCGGCCAACUAUUCGCGAUGGAAAUCAUAACGCGUAAGGCUAAAGAAAAGGGAUGCAUAUGCGGUUGGGACCUUGCCCAUGCUAUUGGAAACGUACCACUUUCCUUACACGGUUGGGACGUCGACUUUGCAGUGUGGUGCACCUACAAAUAUCUCAAUUCGGGUCCGGGCGGUAUUGCUGGACUGUUUGUACAUCAAAAAUGGCAUGAAAUCGAGAAACCAAAGUUUACGGGAUGGUGGGGCCAUGAACUAGCUACUCGCUUUGAAAUGCCACCCACUUUUACUCCAACUCCAGGCGCUCAAGGUUACCAGCAGUCUAAUCCUUCGGUGAUCGCAAUGGCUGCUCUACUGGGAUCUCUCCAGGUUUUUAAACAAGCGGGGAUGAUGGGACCUCUCAGGGAACGUUCGUUGGUAUUAACCAACACCCUGGAACAGCACCUGUUGAGAUCCAAGUAUUUCAUCCCUUUAGCUGGAAGCCAAGAGAAACGCGGCUUCACGAUCAUUACACCGAGUGAAAGCAAGGAACGUGGAGCACAGUUGUCCUUAUUAUUCCUUCCUGUUGGCUCUGGUCUCAUGAGAAAGAUCUUCGACACGUUGGUCUCUUUCGGAGUGAUAGGAGACGAACGAGAGCCGGAUGUCAUCCGUUUGGCACCCAUACCCUUGUAUACCACUCUGGAGGAUUGCGAAAAGGCUGCCGAAUUCUUAGAAAAAGCUUUCGAGGUCGUCACUUAGAAUAGUAAACUUGAUACAAUCGGACGGCUACCCUUACUGUGCGACGAAGUUUGCUACGAAUUGUAUAUACAGAGGGGACUUUAGUAUGUCAUCGUGCUCAUCCGCUAGCUCUUCGAGAUACUGGCAGACGAGAUGUGGGUUUGAUACGGCUUUGAGAUGUUCCACCAUCAAUUGACUUUGAGCCACGUCGACAAGGGUGUCGCCCUUGGAAUGAAUAAUGAGCCAUCGGACAUGUUCCACGCGAAGAGGAUAAGUCGCGACCGAAAAGCGGUUGUAGGACGGCAGGUUGCCAAAGGCAGCAUCGAUGAACCAGUCAUGGUACCGAGGAUAUCGUGCCAAUAGUUUGUCAAUGUCAUAAAUUCCUUCGGACAUGAUGACACCUUGGACUGCAGUGAGCAGGUUUUUUGUUGGUGUCAGAGUUGGAUUGACAUCGGAGGAGUCGAGGAUGAUUGCGGACAACAUAUGUGCACUGCAAGAGUGUCCUAUGAGGUAGAGUCGACGGUGGUCAAAGAGUGCUGCCGAGUCGGCAGGCUGCCAAGUGAGAAUAAAAGUGAGAAACUGAAGGGUAUCUUGGGCAUGUCCAGGGUGAUGAAAGGGAGGACCGUCCUCGCCAGUCUUUGGCGUCAAUCGAUAGUUGGGAACAGCAACAGGGCAACCGGUGGCCUCUACUAAUUUUUGGGCCAAAGAGGCAUGGUCCUUCUUGUCCUCGCUAGAGAACCGUAAACGCACGUUCUAGAGGGAGUGCUUUUGCCUUCACUCACGAUCGCCAUGCACCGCCAUGAACGAAACAUAGAAGAGGUCGAUGACAGUGAUGGGAGGGGUAGAAAUCGAAUUCUCUGAGAGGAUCUCUAUCAGUGUCGGUGUGGUAGGGCACGUCCAUGUCAG